GAGAUGAGAGUCCAGCUUUGCUGGGACGCUCCUGAAUCCAGCGAUUCGCUUUCCGAACUAUGACCGGGGAACCCUCGGGAGAAGGAGAGAGGACGGUGCGGUGCUGAACCCGCGAAAGGCAGCUUGUUUAACCCUGUGGGUUGAAGAUGGGGCUGGAAGCCAACCUGUCGGUGCUGCCUAACGAUUCAGUGCCCUGGGAUCUGGGAACAGGAGUGGGCAACAGUAGCAGCUGGCUGGCUCCCCAGGAUGUGAUGGUGGGCAUUCUGCUCACUCUCAUUGAUCUUGUCACCUUCCUGGGCAAUACCAUCGUCUUCAUCUGCCCAGCCGUGGAGAAGAGACUGAGGACAGUCACCUAUAUGUUCAUCAUGUCCUUGGCCUUGGCAGAUUUACUGCUUGCUUGCCUUGUUAUGCCUUUCAGUAUUAUCUAUGAAGUGACAGGAUUGUGGAUGUUUGGUCAUCAGUUCUGCAAAGUCUGGAUCUCCUUCGAUGUCAUGUUCUGCACAGCCUCCAUUGUCACCCUGUGUUUCAUUAGCCUGGACCGGUACUGUUCAGUAGUUACGCCUUACAACUACCCAAAGAGGAUGUCUCGCAAAAGAUGUAUCAUCAUGGCCGUGACCAUUUGGGUCUACUCUUCGCUGAUAUCCUUCCUGCCAGUGAUGCAAGGAUGGAAUGAAAUACCUGGUGUUAACUUUGAUGCUGGCACAGAAUGUGUCUUUGUGACUAACUGGACAUUUGCCAUCGUAGCUUCUGCCUUGGCUUUCUACAUCCCCUUCCUGAUCAUGUGCAGCAUGUACUUCUUCAUCUACCGGGCCUCCCGCCUAAAGGCCACCAGGAUCAUGUCGCAGACCCUGGACCUCCACUACCACCCCAACAGCAAACGCCCCAACAACCUGCAGCUGGAGAACAAGGCCACCCGGACAAUGAGUAUCAUCAUCUCUGUUUUUGUCCUGUGCUGGCUGCCGUACUUUGUCCUGAAUGUUUGGCUGGCGGUGCACAGCGCAGAGGAGACCAGUGAAGUCAUCGUGCAUGUCUUCAAGGUGAUAACCUGGCUGGGGUACUGUAACUCCACCAUUAACCCCAUGCUUUAUGCCUUCCUCAAUCGCGACUUCCAGCGGGCGCUUAAGAAGCUGCUGAUCUGCCAACGUUGGAGCUCACAAGUGGACAUUGGCGAGGACAUGGUCUCCAUCGUGACCUUCUCAAAGACUGCCCAGGAUGUGGAGUACAACACCAGGGUGACAGGAAUUCCCAAUGGAGGCAAAAGCAAGUCAAAGCAGUAGGAAGAUUUUGGGAAGAGCAAUGAGUCAAAUGGCCCAUUUUUGUGUUGUGACCUCUGACUGACUGCAUCACUCUGUGUAUCCCAUCCUUCUGCACUGGCCCUCUCAUCGAUUCCUUCUUGUUCCUUGCAAUUCCUUCACUGCCCCACUUCCUUGCCCUACUGAACUUGAUCAGAUGCUCUUUAACUGCAAUACUUCCACAGUGCUUCAGAACCACAGAGCCCUACUCAUCCCUCGGCCUUCCCAUCCAUCCACGAGCCAUGCUUCUUGCACCAGCCUAUCCCCUUCAUAUUUGAUGUGUCUUGUGGACCUCUCUCUUUUCCUUAUUUAUUUUUGUCUGUAAUCUUAAAAAAAAAGCCGAGAAGAUGGGGCAAGUAAAAACUUCUGACCCGAGUUAAUAUCCUUUGAAAAUAUUGUUAAUGCUACUAAACUUGAUUCAGGCAUCCUCUGUUACAUGUUAAACAUUCUGCAUUCUCACUAGAACAGUGAAAUCACAAAGAAUCUUAUGGCGAUCUCUACAAGACACUGAAUAGCUUGUCAACUUGUCAAAAUAACCUUGUGUCUGUUCCUUGUGGUGUUAAAUGUUACCUUCCCACUGGUACAUGUGACAAGAGGUACUGGCAAAGGAAGGAGCUAAAUAACUAGAGCGAUACUGUAAAUAGAAGCCACUUCCAAGUACACAGAACCUGCUCUAUAACCAAGUGAAAACAUUACAGGGUGCUCAGAAGGAAAAAUCUCAGGAGAUGCUUGGGGGAGAUGAAUGAAAGCUCAUUCUAAAAGGCGGGUUUUAAGGAGAAUCUGCAGAACAGAGAUGGGGAGGAAUUUCUUUAACCAGAGGGUGGUGAAACUGCGGAAUUCAUUGCCACAUACGGCUGAGGAGCAAGUCGUUGGGUAUCUUUAAAGCGGAGGUUGAUAAAUUUGAUUAGUGAAGGCAUCAGAGGUUACACGGAGAAGGCAGGAGGAUGGAGUCGAGAGGAAUAAUACAUCAGCCAUGAUGGAAUGGUGAAGCAGACUCAAUGGGCCGAAAGGCCUAAUUCUGCUCCCUUUUUUAUGAUCUUAUGGGAUGACAGAAGGGCAAGGAAGUCCAGAAAGGAGAUGAACUCAUGGGCUCGAUUAAAAACAGAGGAGUAAAUUCAGGAAUGAUCGGGGGUUCAGACCUGAAGGUUGCAGCUACUUGGAGAAUUAUAAUAUGGGAAUUAGAGAUUCAGGGAGAGUGGAACCACAGAACAAGUGGAAAGCAGAAUCAGAAUUUUAUCACUGCCAGACGUGGUUAAGUUGUCUUGUGGCAUAAAAUAUGCUAUCAAUUACAAUAAAAUAGAUAGCGUAUAUAUAACAAUAGUAGUAAGCAAAAGAGAGAUAAAUUACUCUCUGGAGUAAUCGCUCCAGAGUACCCGCUGGAGUCUAGAAGAAUGGAGGGAGGUGGGCUGGAAAUCUCAUUGAAACAUGAAAUACUGAAAGGCCUAGAUUCAGUAGACGUGGAGAGGAUUUUUCCUAUAGUGGGGAUCAGGAGGCACAGUCUCAGAAUAGAAGGAUGUCCUUUAGAACAAAGAUGAGGAGUAACUUCUUCAGCAGAGGGUGGUGAGUCUGUGGAAUUUAUUGCUGUGGAGGCCAAGUCGUCUGAUAUAUUUAGAGUGGGGAUUAAUUAGCAAGCGUGUUGAAAGGGAGAAGGCAGGGUUGAGAGGGAUAAUAAAUCAGCCAUGAUAGAAUGAUGGAGCUGCUCCUAUGUCUUAUGGUCUAAAAGAGUGAAAUCUGAUGGUGGAGGAAUUUGGGAAUAGAAGCCUAUUGCCAACGUUGGCUGGUCUCCCACUUGGUCCACUUCCCCUCCAUCGAAUAAAGAAAAGAUUCAUUAGAUCUGAAACUUCUCCAGUUGAAUCCCCUACUCGUGACAGUUUCCACCAAGGAGGAAAAGGGCGGAAGUCAAAUGGAACACCACCGCCUGCAGAUUCCCCUCCCAAUUACGCAGCAACCCAGCUUGGAAUCCUGUCGCCAUUCCUUCUCCAUCUCAGGGUCUGAAUCGUGGAACUUCCAACCCAUUACCAUUAUGGGACAGAAGGACUGCAAUCAUCAUCCAGGCCGUGCUCUCUUCUCACUUCUACUAUGUGGCAGGAGGCCUUAGAUCCCAUGCCACCAGGUUCAAGAACAAUUAUUACCCUCCAACCAUCAGGUUCCUGAACCAGAGUGGAUAACUUCAUUCACCUCAACACUGAACUGAUUCCACAGCCUACGGACUCACAGGGAAGGACUCCUUACAACUCGUGCUCAGUGUUAUUUUUAUUUGCAGUUUUGUCUUUUGCACAUUGGUAUUUGUCAGUCCUGCCUUUUUAUGUGUGGUUUUCUGUAACAUUUUGUAUUUAUUUUUAUUUCUCUACAGACUCCUUCAAGGUCUCUGCAAAUUCAUGGUCUCAGAAUUAUCUAUCUUCUUACAUACCUACCUUUUUAUCUAAUUAAUUAAUUAAUUUUAAUUACAUGAUUUGUCUUCAUCUCCACAGAGGCUGUUUGUCAGUCUUGUUUAUGAAUACAUUUUUUCAUGAAUUAUUUAUUUUCCUGUAAAUGCCUGCAAGAAAAUGAGGUAACAUAUACGUAAUUAAUAACAUAUUUACUUAGACUUUAAUUUUAACUUUGAGAAGUCGUCAUUUCCCACCACCAAUUAGACAAGUGCACAAAAUGGUCACGUCGCAAAAAUUGAAUUGGUGAACAGAAUUAACACAUCCUGUACCAUCUGCCACAUGCAAGUAGAGGGUCUCAAGUCUUUCUGAGUACAGGGAAACAGUACAAUCCAGGAAAGUGUGCGGGUCAGACUUGAAAGCAGAGUACAUGAUUAAGGAGGUUAAGAAGGAGUGUGUUAUGUUUGCUUUCUGGAGAUUGAGUUCAAGAGCCCUGAGUAACUUUGCAGCUGUAUAAAACCUCAUUAUAGAAAGAAUGUGGAAGUGUUAGAGAGAUUGCACAGGAGAUUUAUCAGGAUACUGCCUGGAAUAGAGAACAUGUUUUAGAGGCAAAGAUUGAACAGGCUAGGGCUUUCCACUUUGGACCAAAGGAGGAUGAGAUGUGACUUGAUAGGGGUGUAUAAAAUUGUAAACAUAGAACAGAGCAGCACAACACAGUACCUUCAGCCCAAAGGUUGUACCAACCUUCAAACCCUUUCCUCCCUCAUAGCCUCCAUUUAUUUCUUUCAUCCAUAUGACUAUCUAAAAAUGUCUUAAUUGGCUGCCUCUACCAAGGGUGAUACGAUGGAGAUAUGCCUCUACCAAAGGAAGCAUAAGGUGCUCUUUCCCUCCUCUAGCCUGCAGGUCACCCUUGGGCAAUGUGUAGUAUUUGCUAAGUCCCACUCCCUGACUGGGGUCACAUGGAGCCAUGGGAGCAGCUGGUGGGUGGUCAUAUGAGGAACUGGUGCAGCUUAUGCAACCACUGACACUAGGCAGACAAUCUCUGAGGAGUACUGAUAAUGGCUGGGGUCACCUGUCUUGUAAAGACACUGCCCAGAAGAAGGCAAUGGCAAACUACUUCUGUAGAAAACUUUGUCAAGAACAAUCAUGGUCAUGGAGACCGUGAGUGCCCGUGUCGUCAAUGUAAUAUGACAUGGCACACAAUGAUGAUGACACCACCACACCUGGCAGUGUAUACCCACACACCUGUGAGUACACACCCUUAGAUAGUAGAGGGAAGUGAAGGCAGAAACUGCAAGAGCUCUUCCCAGGUCUAGCCAGAGCAGAUUGGGCCCUUAGUUAUUUUUAUUCCUCCUGUCGUCAAUAUAUAUUUAAUUCGUCAAACAGUUGAUGCUGCUAAUUCUAUCUAAGCAAUUUCACUCCCAUCCACCUACCACAUUUCCACUUUAUUGCUGUGAAAUUAGCACUGAAAUUAUAGAUCUUUAGUUGCUGCUACAUUGUAAGUCCUUUAUGUACUGUUUCUGAUCUAAAU